UCAGUUCAUUUCAUUUGAAACAAAAUGUUUCAACCAACGAUAUUUGUUUUCUCGUUUUUGAUACCCUUAGUUUCUGCACAAUGUGGACCCGGAGCUAUAUAUCAAGCAUCUGGAUCUAGAUGUCUCAAUGUUUUCCGCACUGCAUCAAGUUUCCAGUCUGCUGAAGAAAUUUGUGCUACAUUGAGUGGACAUUUGGUAUCUAUUCAUAAUACCAUUGACAAUACAUUUAUUUCAAGUCAAGCUCAAAAGUAUUUUGAUGGAGGUGUAUGGCUCGGAGCAAAGACAACUGCUCCAGAUGUUACAAAUCCAUUGAAUUGGUAUUGGACUGAUGGAUCCAACUUUGACUAUCAGAACUAUAAAGUUGGUCAACCAUCUCCACAAGGAGACACUGCCUGUAUGCAACUUCAAACAGGAACUGCCAAAUGGCAAACUACAAACUGUACUGCACAAUUACCAUUCAUCUGCUCUUAUUCGUCGAGUGUAACCCCAACUUGUCCAUCUGUAACAAUUCCAAGCCAUUGUCCAUCUGGAUACACUUGGUAUGAUGAGACUGAUUUCUGUUACAAGAAUACUGUUCGUUUCACUAGUUUCAACGAUGCUCGCAGUUCUUGUCAAGCCGACGGUGGAGAUCUUGCUUCGAUCCAUUCUGCAAAUGAAAAUCAGUUCCUCGUUGAUCUUUCAAAAGCCGGUAUCACAAAUAAAGACAAAAGUCAUAGCGAUGACGUUUUCAUUGGAUUAGUCUAUCAAAAUUCAAAAUGGCAAUGGACUGAUGGAUCUGCAGUCAAUUUCCUCAACUGGGGAGAUGGAGAGCCAAAUAAUAUGGACAAGGAAUGGUGGACUUCGUUGGUUGCUGAUCCACACGAGGAUAAGAACACUGAAAAUACUCGAUGGAAUAAUGUUGCACAAAUUGACAUGAGAGCAUUUAUCUGUAAAAAGGCACCGCUCCAUUAAUAUUGUUUUUAUCACCAGGGUUCUGAGUUUCAUUUCCAGUAAUAAAAUGUUUUACAAUCAAUGCUGAUAA